CUCUUCAGUUGCUCUCUGAGCAGCUGAGAAACCCGUACACAUCACUCUUUCCUAUGCCCCAGGAGACACCAUCUUCUUCCCCCGGCAGACAGAUUUUGUGAGCUGUUUUUCUCUUCUCAUAAUUCUUGUAUUUUCAUGAAGAGAUUAAAAACCAUUGUGAGAGGCUGCCUAGAACAGGAAGGUGCUCCACAGUGCGUGUAGACCUUGAAUUGAAAGAUCCUCCAGCGCCCACCAGAUCUAAUCUAGAUCUUUGAGGUGGGAAGACCACCUUUAAUCUGGGCCACACCUUCAGCUGGCAUCCUGUAUAAAGAACAUGGAAGGAAACUAGGAAGUCAUUCUCCGGUGGAUCCCUUACCUGGUACAGGAGAAACAAAAGAUGGAAAUGCUUCAGAAAGGUGUAAACAGUUCCCUGCCCACAGGCAGAAAGAAAGAUUCCUGCACCCCAGGAUCACCGCCGCUGAGGAUCCUCCUGGUGGGCAAAUCUGGCUGUGGGAAAAGUGCCACAGGGAACAGCAUCCUCUGCCGACAAGCUUUCGAGUCCAGGCUCAGAGCCCAGUCCGUGACCAGGACCAGCCAGGCAGAGAUAGGCACAUGGGAGGGAAGGAGCUUCCUAGUGGUAGACACACCCCCCAUCUUUGAGUCAAAGGCUCAGAACCAAGACAUGGACAAGGACAUUGGAGACUGCUACCUGCUGUGUGCCCCAGGCCCCCACGUGCUGCUGCUGGUGACCCAGCUGGGACGCUUCACAGCCCAGGACACCAUGGCCGUGAGGAGGGUGAAGGAGAUCUUUGGGGCAGGAGUCAUGAAGCACAUGAUCAUCCUCUUCACCCACAAGGAAGACCUGACAGAUGAGACCUUGGAUGGGUUUGUGACCCACACUGACAACCACAGCCUGCGCAGCCUGGUCCAGGAGUGUGGGAGGAGGUACUGUGCCUUUAAUAACAGGGCCUCAGGGGAAGAGCAGCAGGGACAGUUGGCAGAGCUCAUGACCGUGGUGAGGAGGCUGGAGCAGGAGUGUGAGAGCUCUUUCUACAGCAAUGACCUCUUCCUUCAUGCCUGUGAGCUCCUUAAUGGCAGCUACAGUGAGGAUCAGGAAGCCUAUAGGUGCUACCUGUCGAAGGUGAGGCAGGAGGUGGAGAGGCAGAAGUGCAAGCUGGAGGAGCAGGAGGGCAGCUGGGUUCUCAAGGUGCUCCUCAGAGGCAAAGAGUGGGUAGCUUUGCAUGAUGGGAUUUGUGCUAGUUUUGUGUUGGGCAUAGCAAUCCUCAUUGUUAUUUUUCUGCUCAUAUUUUACAAUGUUUGAUGCUUUGCACUUGAGAAAAGCACCAUUUAGGAUUCAUUUUGAUGAAAACAUCACCUUCAGAAAACCACUCUCUGAUCUGUGAGACUGCUAAUCUGGGUCUCUUCUGUUUCUCCUUUAGGAUUCUAGUUUAGAUUAGGCAGAGCUCAGAGCCCAGGAGUCCUGCAGAGAAGGCGUGGGAACCAGAUUAGAGGAACCAGAAGGUCAGGGGCACCACAAGAGAGACCACAGUCCACAGAAUCAACUGACCCAGAAUCAAUUUACAGAGAUCAGGGAGCCUGUAGGGGUCUAACCUACAUCCUCUGCAUAUAUAUAUAUAUAUAUAUAUAUAUAUAUAUAUAUAUGGCAACUAUAUUGUACUAAGAGAGUCAAUCUCCUCCAAGGAUGAACUCCCCAAUAGGUUAUGCAAUCCCAUGUGGUCAUCCCUAAACAUAUACAUAUUAGCCACACUAAAUGAAUCAGCAGGUAGUAUUUAUGUGUACAUAUGUGCACAUGUGGGCAUAUGUGUAUAAUAAUUAGAAGAUAAGAAGUCAUGAGGUUGAGAGGGAAUAGGGAAGACAUGGGAGGAGUUGGGGGGGAUAGAAAUGAUGUAACUAUAGUUGCCAUUCUCGAAAUUCUCAAAAAAUAAAAUAAAUGUAAAAAGG